CAGUGAAUGUCCAUAAGAACUGCAAGAAUUUACUGGCUGAAUGCAGCAGCAUCAGACCCAGGAAAGAUUUCCAGCACAGACCUUCUGGAUCUCCCCAAAGUUCGGCCCAGUGCAUUUCCCCAGCUGCUUCUUUGAAGGAGCAGCCCCGAGGGCUUCUCCUGGGACCGGAUGGCACCCCAGUAUUAUCGCGGAAUCUCGGUAUGACUAUCGCCCCGAGAGGAAAUUCUCAGUCUUCGCUGAAUACUGCGGGAACUGUUAAUAAAUUCGGACUGAUUUCAGGAGACAUGGAUGAAGGGGAUUCUGGAUUUGUAAAAUUCAAGCAGACAUCAGAUGAUGUUGUCUCCCUUGCACCGUCAACGUCAGACUCGAUUUUUCUGGAAGAUGCGUAUUCUGUGUAUCUCCGAAGUGAAAUAGAAACCGAUGCUCUUGAGUUUGAGGCAGAGUCUUGGAGUGUUGCAGUAGAGCAGCCUUAUGCAAAAAGGCAAAAGAAAGAAGUUAUAAAAAGGCAAGAUGUCAUUUAUGAACUAAUGCAGACUGAAAUGCACCAUGUCAGAACGCUGAAAAUUAUGCUGAAAGUGUACUCCAAAGCCAUGAGAGAGGAACUGCAGUUCCCAAACGCAGUCAUCAACAAGCUUUUCCCUUGUGUGGACGAGUUGCUGGAGCUCCACGGGCAAUUCCUGCUGCAAUUAAAGGAGCGUCGAAGAGAAUCCUUGGAAGAAGGCAGUGACCGAAAUUAUAUUAUCCGGAACAUAGGGGACAUCUUGGUAAAACAGUUCUCAGGUGAAAAUGGGGAGAGAAUGAAAGAAAAAUACGGCGUGUUCUGUUGUGGUCACAAUGAAGCUGUCGGUCACUAUAAAGACCUUCUCCAAAGCAAUAAGAAGUUCCAAAACUUAAUAAAGAAAAUAGGGAACUGCUCCAUUGUAAGGAGACUUGGUGUUCAGGAGUGUAUCCUUCUAGUCACACAGCGCAUCACCAAAUACCCAGUGCUGGUGGAACGUAUUAUUCAGAAUACUGAAGCUGGAACUAAAGAUUAUGAAGAGCUGACGCGGGCUCUCGGUUUAAUUAAGGACACAAUCACUCAUGUGGAUGCCAUGGUAAAUGAGUGUGAGAAGGGGCAACGCCUUAAAGAGAUUAUGCAUAAAAUGGAGCUAAAAUCAUCCGGGAAAUUUAAGAAUGGGCUCUUCUUCCGGAAGGACGAUAUGGGGCAGAGGCGGCUUCUGCUGGAUGGGAUGCUCUACUGGAAAGCUGCAUCAGGGCGACUCAAAGAUAUUCUGGCAGUCCUGUUAACUGAUGUGCUUUUGCUAUUACAAGAAAAGGACCAAAAAUAUGUAUUUGCAUCAGUGGACUCUAAACCACCAGUUAUCUCAUUGCAAAAGUUGAUUGUAAGAGAGGUAGCUAAUGAGGAAAAAGCAAUGUUCUUAAUUAGUGCUUCCUUAAAAGGACCAGAAAUGUAUGAAAUUCAUACAAGCUCAAAAGAAGAGAGGAAUUCCUGGAUGGCUCACAUUCGCAGAGCUGUAGAAAGUUGUCCUGAUGAAGAAGAAGGGACAUUUAAUGAACAUGAAGCAGAAAGGAGGCUGGCUGAAGCAAGAGCUGCUAAGCUAAAAGAUUUUCAAGAGCGCUUGAACCUGAAAGAUGACCUGAUUGUGCAAAGUCUGACCGAGAAGCAACAGAUUUAUCUGGAAAUGUCUGAAAUGAAUGGCUUUGAAGACCAGUCCCAAGGUAGCCGAUCUAGGCUGCUGCUUCGGGGGGAUAUCUCAGAGAAUCUGCAAGGAGAGGUGAUCUUGAAGUCUGCAGUGACAGAAGCUCAAAAUCUCCAAAACUUCAUCUUGACUCAUUUGGGCAGUGGAUUUGGCCAGCCCGAAGAAAGCUUUGGGUCAGGACUCCCCAGGAGAGCUGAGACCUUUGGAGGUUAUGACAGCAGCCCCUCCAUUUCAAAUAAAAAUGGUAGUUUCAGGAAGAACAGCAGCGGUGAGCAGAGACAGUGGGACUGGAAAGGCCCUGCAGUGAAUUCAGAUGUGCAGCUCCACGACCUCCCUUUAGAUGCAGAAGAAGGAUCUCAAAUGAGCGAUGCAACAAGCGGUUUGCAGCCCACCAUAGAGUCUGAGCUGGUCCGACGAAUACAAACACUGUUGCAGUUGCUCUUCAGUCUACAGGCAGUGAUAUCUCAGCAGGACAGCUACAUUGAGAUGCAACGAGCCACCAUGGUGGACCGGGAGAAGCAGUACCGGCUGCAGUCGACGCGGGGCAACCUGCUGCUGGAGCAGGAGAAGCAGCGGAACUUCGAGAAGCAGAGGGAAGAACUGAUGAACGUCCAGAAACUGCAGAGCCAGCUGAAGCUGGAGCAGCAGCGCUGGGAACGGGAGAGAGGCCGGCAGCAGAGGGAACUGGAAAGCACCGAAGCCCGGCUGCAGGAGCGGGAGGAGGAGAUUCGGCAGCUGAAAGAGAGACUGAGCCAGGAGAAGGAAGAGCUUGAGAGGCAGCGAGAGGCCUAUCAGCACGACCUGGAGAGGCUGCGGGAGGCCCAGAGAGCGGUCGAGAAAGAGCGCGAGCGUCUAGAUCAGCUGAGGAAGCUGAAGAAGCAGAACACGGUGUCAGGCGCGUGCUCCCCGGAGUUGGGGCAGAUGCUGGGCCAUUCCAUGAGCUUCAACGGAGAAGGGCUAGAACCAUCUCUGCCCACCUUGAAAACCUCCGGGAGAGUCAGCGUCUCGGGCAUGGAAUACUUGGAGCGGCCGGAGCUGGCUCGCCGGGACAGUGCCACCCUGGAGAGCCGUCCCGUGCUGGCGCUGAAGAACGAAGUGCCCAUCCACCUCCUGAGCGCAACCAACCAGAUCCAGAAACCCGCUGCCGUCCAGCAGCAGAUUCCCACCAAGCUGGCAGCCUUCACCAAAGGAAGCAAAGAGAAAGGGGGGAAGAACAAAGCGUCUCAUAGGACGGACAGUUCGGCCUCUAUUGACCAGAAGCAGCUGAUUCCCCCCAAACUUGUUGGACGAGACGAGGGUGUCUUGAGAGGCCGUCGCUCAGCAAGCCCAGUCCUCCCAAGCAGCCAGACCGCUGCGUUCCAGCCAGAAUCGUAUGGCCCAACUGAUGCUCAGCCAGAAGCACUUUCGUCUGCCUCAGCAAACUUAUUCAAGCCCAGUAAUGUUCCUGUCCAGACCCUGGUGGCCUCCCAGCCGACUCUGUUAAACGUGCAAGAUGAUACCAGCAAAGAAGAUGUCAUUUUUUUCUAAGUGUUUCCCUGUAAAGAUUAGUCUUUUGACAUAACUGUUUGAAGAACUCAGGCGCAAGUGUUCUACGUGACAGCGAGCUGAUGUGGAUGUCUUUUCAUGCCUGCCCCAUUAAUACUAGCAAGGACCAGACCAGGAUUACUGUUUAACUUGGUUGGUUUCUCUGCCAGCAGCUCAGAAUAAUGAGGACACAGUAGUAAUAAUUUGCUUUUAAUGUCUCCAAAUGUGGAAACAUAUUGAUACAUGGCAAGGAUAUAUCCAUUCAGAACAUAUUUAAAUGCUGCUAUUUACUGUAAUUUGCUCUUUUUGGUGAAUCUAUGCUCUUUGUGAGCACCAUUUUUUGAAGUAAACUGUUUUAAUUCAUGUCGAACCUCCCACAUUUUUUAUGUACAAAAUUUUAGUAGUAGGCCUGCAUUGGCUGAGAAUUUUUAAAUCCAUUAUUUGUAUGUAUAAUUUGACCGUGUAUAUGACCGUAGGCAGUCACUAUAACGGAUUAUGCUAACUAUGUUUCAUUAACUAGUUGACUAGCAAGCCAGUCUCCUUGCAGCCCUUCUGGGACCCACUCACAGGAGCCAGACUAGCAAUUCUGUUCCUUUAGUGACUCAGUGGAACACGUUCACUGGCCAGGUACAGUAGAAGAGAGAAGGUAAGCUGCCUAAGAGUCUUCAAGGAUCAGGAACUGCACCGUCUUGUGGACACGAAGCGUUGGACAUGUCAAAAUAUUCCCCAGUAAUGAAGAGUUGGACUAAAUGCACAUUUUUGGGCCCUCAACUUGCACUAGAGGGAAGCUGUGUCCUUAGAUACCUACAUGGGUCAUUGUCCACGGUAGUGAGAGCGGUGCAGAUUCCCAGGCAAAACAUGAGUUGCUUCAGAAUGGACUUGGAGGCUUGCUGAAGAUACCAGAAGUGUUUGAACACAGCAGUUUAUUGUCUUGCCUAAUCCUAAGCUCUCUUGUUGGUCUGCUAGCUGAAUGGGACAUCACUGCAAGGACCAGAAGAUAAGAAAGCUGCUGUUCCUGCAGAGCCUUCUCUGCAAAACUGUUAGGAAUGAAGGGAAAAACGCACUGUGUCUUAAGAAAUGUACUGUUUGCUAAACCCCCUUGGUUUAGCAGCUCAAAGCCAAGCCAGCCUGCACACCGAUGAAAUGGGUCAGUUUUUAAUUAUGAAAUGGUGAUGCUGUUAACGUAGGCGUGGCCAAAAGGCAUUCUGCACCUUUGUGGUAAUUUGCACACUCGUCUGGUGUAUGUUGUUCUUGUAUCUCAGUUUUUACCUAAGGGAGGACGUUUUGAAGGUGGCCAGUCACAUAUAUUGUGCACAGAGGAGGUGGUUCGUAGGGCAUUGCUACAGAAUUGGGGAAAUCAGCAUCUCCAAGCUUCAAAACAUGGGUUAAUACCUUUCAGAAUCUGCAUGAGAAUAGUUUGCUGUAUCUUUAACCCUGCUUUAAAGGGAUUUUAGCACAGGUGGGUGGCAGACCUAAUCAGUUCUCCAUUGUGCUAAUGGAACUGAAUUGCAGCCUAGCAAAUCAUUGACCUUGUCUCAGUAGCUAGGGCAGGGGCAACACUUGCAGUGUUCUUUAAGACAGUAAUUUCACAGGUUGGAGGUUUUAAAACAAGCUCAGAAGUUGCAAUGCAAGAAGCAUUAUAAAUUUUCACCAGGAAAUAGCAAGUUUGUGUCCAACUGGGGAUAAUUUGGAGUGUUGAAAUAUCCAAGUUUACCGGUUGGUGUGAGAGGAAAAAGAUAAGUGAUGAAAUACUGAUCCUGUAUCCCGUACAGGAGGAGCAAGCACUCCUGUAGUGCUUCCUGGGUUUAAUGCUUAUUUCUUGGUGAACUCAUACUGGUGUAAACCUAAAGCAAUGCUGUUGAAUUCAAUGGACUUGCGACAUUUUGAACGAGAGGAGACUUCAAACCAGCUGGCUUGUUACCAGAACCAAUUAUUACCAUUAAAUAGGAUUUGCUUCACUCUAAUACCAAAGUAUUGCUUGGUAAGUCGUCAGUUGUGCAGAACUGAUCAUCAGUGGUUAAAUUAGUGAAAAACGGUUAAGUGGUUAUCAGUGAUUAAGUUAGUGAAAUACGGUGUGGUCACUCUUGGGAGAAUAGUAAUUUUUGUAUUAUUUAUGUGAUGUUGAUGACAGUUAGAACAUAAUUCUAUAUUGUAUUAACUUCUCCAUUCCUAAAUGCUUGAAAUGGAGGAAAAAUCUUCUUAAAAGUGACAUUAGUGCUGAUGGAGCCAGCACGGAAGAUCCAAAAGCUUUAUAGGAAACAUUUUUCAGCCUGCAGAUGUCGAGGCUCCAGUCAUCCAAGGGUCUUGUAUUUUAUUUCCAUAAACGUACAGUCAAGCCAAGCAGCGGGAAUGCACAGUAUGUUCUUGCUUUUAUGCUGUGGUUUGGGCCACUCCUAGUGAAAAUGCUAUGUCCCCAUUUCCUUCCAUUACCAGGUUUUUAGGAGUCCCUUGGGGAAAACCAUUAUGUGCCAUUCUAGGUACUGAUGUGGUUUCCUGUACAGUACCCGGCUAGGGAGAGGCUUUAGAAUUAGCAAAUGCUGACAGAGUCGUCAUUAGUGCAGUGACAAACCAGAGUACGGUGAAAUUAUUUGUAGAAAGCAGAGGGAAGUAAAUAAAAGACUUUAUUUAAGAGGAAAAAAAACAACAAAAAAGUCAUCUCACUCUUGCAAAGUUUAAUCUGUCAUUGAGUCAUUCCAGGUAAAUUAUUUGGAAGCAAAUUAGAUUAAACAAAGGCUGCUGUGUCCUGGGCUAAGUGACCUGCUUUAUAUUCUAAGUAAAAUCCUCCCAUUUGCCUUGGUUGCUUAAAAUAAAAGUUGGUUUCUAAUUGAUGUCAAAGGAUUAGGCAGUUGGAAAUUCCCAGGUGCUUCUUGGCUUUUUUCCCUAAGCUAAGAUGGAAUUCGAGCGCAAGUUUUGAACUGUCUUUUCCUUUGCUCUGUGUCACAGACUUAAAACUCUGAUCUUAUUUGUGUCUAACAUUGUGAUGUUGAGAAGUAGAGACCGCGGUUUUGCUCUUCAGUUCUAAACUCUGCUCCUCCCCAUUCAGACUCUGGUCGUUUUGUAUUUCAGACCGAAGAGCCCUCCGUAUUCACCAAUUUUGCGCACGCCUGCCCUGCCUCUACUGUAAAUACUCCCCUAAU